GGGAAGCGCAGGUAUGAGGCUGGCGCCGGUGGCUUCGAUGCUGCUUUCCGGUGACUUCGAUGCCGUUUUCCAGUGCUUUUUCCUUUUGCUGGUCUGGUGGCUCCGCGUCUGCUCUCCUGGGCUCCCUUUCCUGUGACGUUUCCCUGUGUCCGUUGGGUCCUUGCUUCAGACUCCAGCUCAACGCAUGAAACUUUUCUUUCCUUGCUUGCCGGGUCCUAGCUCCCCAACCUUUUUGUGUAGCUUGGGCAGCGGAGGCCGUCUUUACCUGGUCAGGCCCUCUCGUUCUCCCUAAAUAUCGGCACUUAGCGAACGUCUGUCCCUGUGUGCCUUCGCAAAGUAAGGUGGCUGCGACUGAACACCCCUCGCCCAAACCUUCAGGUGCCAUUUGAGCGCUAAUUAAGUGCUGCCGUCUCUUGGACAAGAGGUGGUCUUUACUGGAUCCACCGCUUACGCCACAGCCCUUCAAUCAUUUUGGUUGCUAUCCAGCUUCUCCACAUCAAGUCCAACUUUAGAACAAGCCUGUAAAGAAAAGUUGACCUGUGCUGACUCUGGUGAUGGUGACUGUCUCUCACUAAUUUCUUUGAAGUCUUCAAGGAUAAGCAGAGUUGAUCCAUCUGAGAAAGGGAUCAUGAACUAGACAGAAUGAACAGCCUUAAAGGCACAGACACUUGAACGGGACGGUGUUGGUAUGACUGGUGCAGAGUGUUUAAAGUAGAGAUCACUCAGUUUUUAAAGACCGGCCUUUAUCGUGUCACAGUACAGCCGAGGCAGAGCCUUUGAAGGAUCCGAUGUUGUCAUUCUGGUACUAAUCUAGUCCAGCCGCUGAGGUGACUUUCAACGGCAGACCGUCUCCUAAGCGCCCCAGAGUCUCCGGGACCAUUAUGGCAGUCAAGUGGACGGGUGGGCAUUCUUCUCCUGUCCUCUGCCUGAAUGCAAGUAAAGAAGGGCUGCUGGCUUCUGGAGCAGAGGGCGGAGAUCUCACGGCUUGGGGUGAAGAUGGAACUCCAUUAGGACACACGCGGUUCCAAGGGGCUGAUGAUGUUACCAGUGUCUUAUUUUCUCCCUCCUGUCCCACCAAGCUCUAUGCCUCACAUGGAGAAACCAUUAGUGUACUGGAUGUCAGGUCCCUCAAAGAUUCCUUGGACCAUUUUCAUGUGAAUGAAGAAGAAAUCAAUUGUCUUUCAUUGAAUCAAACGGAAAACCUGCUGGCUUCUGCUGACGACUCUGGGGCAAUCAAAAUCCUAGACUUGGAAAACAAGAAAGUUAUCAGAUCCUUGAAGAGACAUUCCAAUAUCUGCUCCUCAGUGGCUUUUCGGCCUCAGAGGCCUCAGAGCCUGGUGUCAUGUGGACUGGAUAUGCAGGUGAUGCUGUGGAGUCUUCAAAAAGCCCGACCACUCUGGAUUACAAAUUUACAGGAGGAUGAAACAGAAGAAAUGGAAGGCCCACAGUCACCUGGUCAGCUCUUAAACCCUGCCCUAGCCCAUUCUAUCUCUGUGGCUUCGUGUGGUAAUAUUUUUAGUUGUGGUGCAGAAGAUGGUAAGGUUCGAAUCUUUCGGGUGAUGGGAGUUAAGUGUGAACAGGAACUGGGAUUUAAGGGCCACACUUUAGGGGUAUCCCAGGUCUGCUUUCUCCCAGAAUCCUAUUUGCUGCUUACUGGAGGGAAUGAUGGGAAGAUCACGUUGUGGGAUGCAAACAGUGAAGUUGAGAAAAAACAGAAGAGUCCCACAAAACGUACCCACAGGAAGAAACCUAAAAGAGGAACUUGCACCAAGCAGGGUGGAAAUACUAAUGCUUCAGUAACAGAUGAGGAAGAACAUGGCAACAUUUUACCAAAGCUAAAUAUUGAACAUGGAGAAAAAGUGAACUGGCUCUUGGGUACAAAAAUAAAGGGACACCAAAAUAUAUUAGUAGCUGAUCAAACUAGUUGUAUAUCUGUAUACCCCUUAAAUGAAUUUUAAAUCCAAUAAAAACAUUUGAAGAAU